CCAUAAGUAGGUGAAAAGCAAAGACUCCCUCUUUAUCUCUCUCGCAGAUUACAGGUUACCAUAUUACUACACAACCACUACUGUUGCCCUCUACCUAAUCCAAUACCUAAAGCCACAUUCAACAAUAAAAUAAAAUUUCCAUAAACGAAUAAAGAAGCUACCUAAGCGAGAAAGUGAAAGAAAAAUGAACGGAAAGUGAGAGAAAAUAAGAACAAAUUCAGUUAUUACUCAUUCAUUUGCCAAUUUAUGAAGAUGCUGUGGUAGCUCUGCUUUGCUUCCUCUUCUUUCUUCUUUUUUACUGUUUAGUUAUCAAAUCAAAAACCCUAAAUACAUUUCACCCACUUUCUAGAUCUUGAACCGAUUGUUAAGUCUUGAGUUACCUUUCCGAUCUAGUAAAUCACUGUCGAUGUGAAACUCGGCUCCGGCGAGUUGAGCUAAUGGAGGACUCAGGCGAUUCAGUUUGUUGAAAUGUUAAGCAUUUUGAAUUAUUGUAGUAGUAUUUUGGUUGAGCCAAGUUCCAAUGUCGGCUUCUUUAGCGGCUUUCGAGCGGCCAAGAGCCGGAGCUUCGAAUACGGUUUUCAAGAGUGGUCCUCUUUUCAUUUCGUCAAAAGGAUUAGGCUGGAAAUCGUGGAAGAAACGGUGGUUUAUCUUGACUCGCACUUCCUUGGUGUUCUUUAAAAAUGAUCCUAGUGCUCUGCCGCAAAGAGGUGGUGAAGUAAAUUUAACUUUGGGGGGCAUUGACUUGAAUAAUUCAGGGAGUGUUGUUGUCAGAGAGGAUAAGAAGUUAUUAACUGUCUUGUUUCCUGAUGGACGUGAUGGGCGAGCAUUCACCCUCAAGGCUGAGACGUCCGAAGAUUUGUAUGAGUGGAAGACAGCCCUAGAACAUGCCCUUGCGCAAGCACCAAGUGCUGCCCUUGUUAUGGGACAUAAUGGAAUUUUUCGAAGUGAUACAAAUGAAGCAAUUGAAGGAUCUUUCCAUCAAUGGAGGGAUAAACGUCCUGUUAAAUCAUUGGUUGUUGGAAGGCCAAUUUUGCUUGCCCUUGAAGAUAUUGAUGGAGGACCAUCAUUCCUCGAGAAAGCUCUUAGAUUUCUUGAGAAAUUUGGAACUAAAGUUGAAGGAAUUUUGCGACAGUCUGCUGAUGUUGAGGAGGUUGAACGCAGAGUUCAAGAAUAUGAACAAGGAAAGUCUGAAUUUGAACGGCCAUACAGUCAACCAAUGUUGAUAUUGUUAUUUUACUGUUUUAUUGAAUUAGAAAUUGAUCGUAAAGAAACUCGGAUUAAUUCAAUGCGUUCUGCAAUAUUAGAGACGUUUCCUGAACCAAACCGACGUUUAUUACAGAGAAUUCUUAAAAUGAUGCACACAAUCUCAUCUCAUGCUAAUGAGAAUCGAAUGACUGCAUCUGCUGUUGCUGCUUGCAUGGCACCCUUGCUACUGCGUCCUCUGUUAGCUGGUGAAUGUGAGUUGGAGGAUGACUUUGAUAUUAAUGGUGAUAGUUCUGCACAGCUUCUUGCUGCUGCAAAUGCUGCUAAUAAUGCUCAAGCCAUCAUUACCACUCUUUUAGAGGAGUAUGAGAAUAUUUUUGAUGAUGAAAAUCUACAUAGGUGUUCUAUCUCUGCUGAUUCCCGGAUUGAAAACAGUGGUAGUGAAGAUUCAUCUGAUGAUGAAACUAUGGAUGUAAAGGAAAAUGGUUAUCAUGAUGCAGAAAAUGAAGCUGAUCAAGAAACUGAUGAUGAUGCUGAAAGAGUACUCAGUGGCAAAUUAAGUGAGAGCAGUGGUUAUGCUGGCAGUGAUCUUUAUGACUACAAGGUUGAGGCUUUUGGUGGGGAUGAUUCCGAUGAUGGAUCGCCGAGAAAUAAUCAUGCUUCAGCUGAGAGUUCAAACUUACAAGUUGAUUCUGUCCAAACUAGAGAUCCUAAUGUUCAAACCAGGGAACAACCAAAUAAACUAAAGAAAGGAAAUGAGAAUUCAAUUAAUGAGAUGGAUGUUUCAAAUGUGUCACCUACUGGUGAAUCUUACCGGUCAAUGGGGGAAAUUCUAUCUUCAAUGGAUCCUGUCCCAUCUUUACCCAUAUCUGGCCCUGAAUCAUCUGCGGAGAAGCCAGCUGGUAAAGUUGCAACCUCCAAUCUCAAUGGAAAGCGGUCAGCAUUUUGGGGAAGAAGUAAUGCCAGAAAGACACCAUCAGUGGAGUCAGUUGAUUCUUCCGGCGAAGAAGAACUUGCUAUUCAGAGACUUGAGAUCACAAAAAAUGACUUGAAGCAAAGGAUUGCGAAGGAGGCAAGAGGAAAUGCAAUUUUACAAGCUAGCUUAGAGAGGAGGAAACAAGCUUUGCAUGAGCGACGUUUGGCGCUUGAACAAGAUGUAUCAAGGCUGCAAGAGCAGCUGCAAGCUGAAAGAGAUCUUAGAGCUGCACUGGAAGUUGGCUUGAGCAUGUCUUCUGGACAGUUCUCCAGUUCACGUGGCAUGGAUUCUAAAACAAGGGCUGAGCUUGAGGAGAUUGCUCUUGCUGAAGCUGAUGUGGCCAGGUUGAAGCAGAAAGUUGCAGAACUUCACCAUCAACUUAAUCAGCAACGACAGCACCAUUAUGGUUCGCUCUCUGAUGCGUGUGACCGCUAUCAACAUGUCCAAAAUCAAAGCACUCAACAGAGAUUUCUUCAGCAAGAUUUUGAUGCAACCCUUGCUUUCGUGAAUCAUGAAAGGAAACAAAGAACUGAGGAGAGCUUGUUAGGAGCAGAUUGGAGAAAUAUUAAAGGAACUGGAUUAGCAACUGGCAGCAGUAGUAGGCAGCCUCCUCGAAAGCAAUUUAUGGAACCAACAAGCCUGAUUGAUUCCAAAAGCACAGAGGCUUCCACCAACAUGUCCAUGGAUGAGCUCUGCGGUGUUGAUUCUGCUCCCUCCACUUCGAGAGCAGUAGAGAUGAUGGAUUAUCCAAGACAUCCAUCGGCAGCAUCUUCUGCCUUGGUAGAAUUAACUACCCGGCUUGAUUUCUUCAAGGAAAGGCGUUCUCAAUUAAUGGAACAGCUCCACAACCUCGACUUGAACUACGGCACAGCAUCAUCACAAGAUUUUGUUUAUAGACCAUCAUCCCCACCCUGGAACUGACAAGAAAUGUUGCUCAGCGGUGAGUCAUGUUGUACAUUCUUUCAGGAUUGCAUAUACUUGUAUCUUGAGAACUCUUUGCUUCAAUUCCAAUAUUCUUCCCCCCAUUUUGCUCUCCUUUUUACAUUGUUCUAGUUAGAAUGUGAUUGGAUUCUAAUCACCAAGUCUCCAUCCUCCUAGCAUUUGUUUUGCUAUUCUGUCUCAACUAUUGUAAACAAAAAAAUUGGGCGUUUCCUGUUGUGUCAAUAGCAGGUGAUCUGUACUGAACAUAUAUUUUGGAA